AUGCGUGGUCAGCGAAUUGAGAGUACAGAAAUCUGUGAGAAUGCCAGGCUUGAGAUAGCUUUUGAAAGAAAUCCGUUUUUCGCGGGCGAGCCAAUUCAGUUGGGUUUAAGGAUCAAACAUCUUGGGUCAUCGCAUGAACUGGAGAGGUUGAGAGCUGACAUUGAGAUCUGCAAGAAACAGAUCGAAGAGCUGGAGCAUCGGGAUGCAACAGAAGGGAAAAAAUGGGGGCUGAGCGCCCUUCUGGGUACCUUUGGAAACGACAAGAGGGCCGAAAAGGAGAAAAUCGAGCAACAAAUUACAAAACUGGAGCAACAAAUGCUGUUCCAUGAGCCCAUACAGCUCGUCUCGUGUUAUAUCCAACUAUAUGGUAUGUUUCGGUAUGAUAAACUUAUCGUAAGUCGCGAGCGGCUAGAAAACGGUGGACGUCAGGUAGCGGGCGUGAGGACCAUCGACGAUAUGACCAACAACUCGGUGUCCCACACGCUUGUCGGAUUACUAAACGUGACGCUCGAUGACGUGUCGAAAUCUUUCAUCGGAGAACAAGAAGUCGAAAUGGCUAAGAUGCCAUUCCUUCUCGUUCCGCAGACAUUGGUUUUUUCCGAAUUGUGUCUGAUGCCCGAAGAAACCAAGACAUUUCAGUUCAGAUCACCGCGACUUCCGCAUGAUUUGCCACCCUCCUAUUACAGUUCAAAGCAUCUCAAUAUUGAAUACUUUUGUGACAUGGGAUUAGCCCGAGUAAAACAAGGUACCGUUUCUCCCUUCAAAACUGAGUUUACAAUCAAUAUAUGUCCUUUCGUGGAUUCCCUAGGACGACAGUUUACUAGCACACUGGAUCGCAACGCCAACAUUUUACCAUGCGGCCGUGUGAAAGAAAUAACCGAGGCUUCUCAAAGCCGUAGGAAAUCUGGAGCUUCACUUUUUGUCCGUCGAAGGAGUUCUUUGUUGUCUCUCAAUCAGCAAGACACGCAUAACGAGGACUCUGCCAAAGCUAAGAGCGUUUUCAGAACUUCGAUUGAUGAGGGUUUCAUGAAUGAAGGCGAAGGUCCAGAACUCGAACAAAUGGUGGAUAAAGUCUUAGACGCACAAUUCGGGCCACAGGAAUUCGAGGAUUUAUCUGAUGAUGAACCAUCAGAAGUUUCAAAUCUGGCUAUUUUAAAAGGGGAUCCGCGGAUAAACAUAGGAAAGCUGAAUUCUUACAUCCAGAGCCUUCCCUCUUCUCUGAACGACGACGAAUCUACCGAUGCGCAACCAAAUUUGAUGUCACAAUUCAAAAAUUGCCAAAAAGAAUACAUCAUUAAUAGAAACGGCGAGUUUAUUGCCAAGGUUAAUCUCUCAAAGUAUUUUUACGACACUUCGGAAGACUUAGAUCUAUGUGUUGAGCUUUGUCAGAGAGGAAAGCAUAAGGUAACCGCAGUAUCGAUAAAACUAGAAUGUUUCGAGCUCGUAAACCCUCGCUACCGUGCUGAAGGAGAGGACUUGAAUACUAGGCCCGAGGGAAGCAGCAUUUACGAAAAAAGAACCAUUUGCUUUGAAAAUUCACCACAAAUAUUUUUCAAAUUAAUCCCACCCAGAUCGCCUUCAAACCAAAUGACCAGUCAAUUUAGAACCGACAUUUUUCAGCUUAGAUGGAUGCUUUGCAUCAAAUUUGUUGUCCUAGACAGAACUGAAAAUGAAGUCAUGCUCGAACAAUUCUAUGAAGAUAAAAAUGGUGCUCUGUUUCAUGCCAAAAAAAAUGUUGACGGUGUGGACUUUGUUUGUCAUGUGCCUGUAGUAAUACUUCCUACACCAAAGGAGUUUGGAGGAUGGUAG